AUGAUGAUGGCCAGCAAACAGGGUGGUGUCAAGCUGAUCACUGGUAACAGCCAUCCUCAACUCGCACAGGCCGUUGCCCAGAGAUUAGGCAUCUCCCUAUGCGGCUGUAAGGUCAAAAAAUUCUCCGACGGCGAAACUUCGGUAGCAAUCGACGAAUCCGUCAGAGAAGAAGAUGUCUUCAUAAUCCAAACCGGCUUCAAUCCCGGAGCUGGCGCCGGCAGUCCAUCGGAUCCAAACGAUCUACUCAUGGAGCUUUUGAUCUUAAUCUCUGCAUGUAAGACGGCAUCAGCCAAGCGGAUCACGGCGGUGAUCCCAUGCUUCCCUUACGCAAGAAUGGAUCGGAAGGACCGAUCGCGGGCGCCGAUCACGGCCAAGCUUGUGGCCAACAUGCUCCAGGCCGCCGGCUGCGACCAUGUGAUCACCAUCGACCUACAUGCCUCUCAGAUCCAGGGUUUCUUCGACAUCCCCGUCGAUAACCUCUGGAUGGAACCUAUCAUGGCCAAAUGGAUACGGGCCAACGUCGAGGAUUGGAAGAAUAGCAUCAUCGUCUCACCUGAUGCUGGGGGCGCUAAACGAGCGACGGCGUUGGCCGACAACCUGGAUGUCGAUUUCGCGUUGAUCAACCGGAAACGGGCCCGGAAGGCGGGCGUGCUUCGACAGUCACUCAGUGGGCCUAGCGGCCAAGCCGACCCCACCGAGCUCGUCGAGGAAAAGAUGGAGAUCCUCGUCGGAGACGUCCGGGGCAAGAACGCGAUCUUGCUUGACGACAUGAUCGAUACCGGCGAGACUCUCACCCUGGCCGCUAAGGAACUCGACCAGGCCGGCGCUAAGGCCGUCUAUGCCAUCGUCUCCCACGGACUAUUGUCCGGCGAUGCCGUCUCCAAAUUGGCUCAUCUACCCGUCCUCAAAUUGGUCGUCACAACCACCAUCGACCAACGCUCACACAUCUCUGAGUCUUCCGGAAAGCUGGAGACGAUGGAUAUCAGCCCGGUGUUGGCGGAGAGUAUCCGACGAACUCAUAAUGGAGAGAGUAUCUCGAUGCUCUUCUCAAAUCCCUCUUGA